UUGGCCGAUGCGGCGCGUUACGGUGAGUUCGACGAGUGUCGGGCGUACUUGGACCAAGGCGCGCUCGCGGACGCGUACGACGGACUUUUGUUCGCCGCCGCGAAUGGGCAUGUGGAAAUUGUAUCGCUCUUUCUCGAGUACGGCGCGGACGUGAACAAGACGAACGAUCAGGGUAGCACGGCCAUGCACUGGGCGUGUCUGAACGGUCACGCCAAUAUCGUGCAACUGCUCCUGGACAAAGGAGGGAGCGCGAGCGUUUGCAAUCAAGCCGGCAGAACGCCGCUGGACGAAGCGAUGCACAACGAGCGGGAAGAGUGCGUGAAGGUGAUCAUGGAAGCCGAGGGCGAACAAGACAUCGAG